UCUUCGAAACUCAUUAAAUUGUAUCAGUAGCAGGUGUACCGAUUCUCAUAGACUGAAACAUUGUCCAGUCCAUUGCCGAUCAUUCGUCCAUCAUCAGUUUCAACAUGGCCAAAAGAAAGCGAAAUAAUAACGCCCAUACUAAUGCAGUGAAAAAAACUGCUGUCGCUGGAAUCCCAAGCCCUCCGAGCGACCCUUCUAUUUCCAAUGUACCAUCAAACGCCCACGCAGUCGUUUCAGCAGAGGAGAUCGAGAUCGCAGUAGAGACCUUGCAAGAACUAUCACAGUAUCCAUCAUUGAUCAAGUCGAAAGCAUGUAAAGACCUCAGGACAGCUGUAUAUGCCUUCCGACAGGCAAGCACAACGGGAAUGAUUGCUGCAGAGGGCAACAACUUGACAGCGCGAAUAUCGGCAGCGCUCACCGAUGCCAAAUUUACAGAUGCACUCAUUCUCCUUGCGGAAAUGCGCAUCAGGAAAGAAAUGCCAACAUUGGGUGCUCUUUGCCGAUGGGUUCGCACCUUAGACGUUGUUUCAGGAUUGUCGAUUCACGUCCAAGUUCCUAAUCAGACCAUUGUGGGUCAAAAUGCCCAGAAUGAAGAAUUAAUUCGAGUCCUCGAUGCCGUCUUGCGAGUUACUGGUCCUCUCGAUUCCACAUCUCAUGGGACCGAGGCCUCAUCGGGACCAAUCUCACUACAGAGUACCUGGGAUUUGCGCGGUGCCAGUGAGCCAACGCGACAAGUUCGUCAGAGCAUUGCAGACAAGACUAUUUUCAAAAUCGGCACUCCUGAAAUUGAGAAAUGUUUUCGAAUCAUAGAAACAACCCAGGGACCAGAUCGCAAGCCUCCAAAUCUAUACCCAGCUGUUCUUUACGCCUCAAGAGAUAACGCCAUCCUCCUGGAAGAGGGACCGAAGACACAUUGUCAUAAACAUCCAAUAGUACCCAACCUAAGACUUAUCAGAGACGUAUUGUCACCAGACGAAUGCUCAUCAAUUAUUGGAGCCGCGGAGAAAAUGGAAUUCAUCCCCGACGCACCAAUGCGACCUCAAGGAGAGGACACCAGCGUUCUCGCUCAUAAUUUCUACUGGAUCGUUGAUGAGUCCUUCCAUAACCGAUUAUGGAACAGGGUGAAAGAGUUCGUGCCAGAAGCCGUCGCGGGUCGACAGGCUCGGGGCAUCAAUCGUAGAUUCAGGGUGUAUCGAUAUGUUCCGGGGGCGGAGUAUCGAUGUCAUAUUGACGGAGCCUGGCCACCGUCUGGCAUCAACGCUUCCACAGAUGAGUACCAAUACGACUCAUCGCCGCCUGAGGCCAAACAGUCAUCGUUGUUCACCUUCCUGAUCUAUCUCAACGACGACUUCAGGGGCGGUGAAACGACCUUUUUCAUACCCAGCGUCAAGGAGGGCGUUAUUAAUGCGUAUCCCGUCAAGCCGAUAAUGGGAAGUGUAGCUGUAUUUCCCCAUGGAGAGGCGCAGGGCGCCCUGCUGCAUGAAGGCACAGGCGUUGUCGAGGGUGCCAAAUAUGUCAUUCGCACAGACGUAGAGUAUGAUAUCAAUGCUACCGUCUGAAAAGUUUCCAGGGAGAAAAAAGCAUCGGAUUUCCGACUUUGAUCAAUUUUAAAAGUUUAAGGGGGCGGGCUCGACAUGAAAAGCACCAGAAUAGCUUUCUUAGGAAAUUACGCCCGAACAAAUCGAAAUGCAUUGACAAUGACAGCAUCUUUAAUUGAUCACUAGUGAUCUUAUUCGAACCAAUAUUGACCGGUGAGUGUAAAAGAUGCAGAAGAACAACCAAGGACCGAGGUACUGGUUCCGGAAGCCAUGCAAUGCCAUUUUUGCACAUCUAUCGAGGAUACGAUGAAAGCUAAUGACCGUUCAAUCUUGCAUAAACAAAUGCAAUGCAUAAGAAUAUGAAAGCAAACAGCUUG